AAUUCAACUCCUCAAGUUUACAUACAGGAUACGGAAAAAACUUUGCCUCCGCGGUGAUUUCAUUCACUUCCUUACAACAUCGUGAAACCUGUGUUAAUUAGCCACACAACGCCCUGGUUAUUUUUUGAAUUAAACUUCUCCUCCGGUGACUGAGGACAACAUUGUGAGAGGCGAGCAAUUUGUAAGAGAUUCGAGCAUGGACUACUGCCGAGCUGUCCCCUGUCUGGUGUGGGUUCUACUCGCCUCUGUAGCGGCAGAAAGUCGGUUUGAAAAGAGCUCCGGGUCUCCUUACGGGAUGGUCGGUGACCUGGCCGAACAAGUGGGCACUUACCUGCGCCAGCUUGCCCAGGAGAAGGCGGUGGUUUCUGCACAAAAGACUUUCUCCGAGGUGGUGGCGGUAGCAGCAGAGGCGCUGGCGGCUGGAAUCAACGUCUGUUCCCGGUACCUGUCUCAGCUCCUGGCGGCGAUAGGGGUAAACGAUGUCCUCCCCUCGUCCCAGGCGAGUGCGAAGGGUGUGGUCUUCGUCGGCCAGUGGCUCCUCUUCGCUCUGAUUGGCUACUGGUUGCUCUGGCUGCUUGUGCGCUCCCUGGCCUCCACUCUGCGCUUCGGCUUCUGGCUGCUGAAGGUGGGCGGGGCCCUCAUCGCCUUUGGACUUAUCCUGAGUGACCACACCGCCGCCAUGGAGACCACCGCCAUCCGAUUGGCUGUGCUGGUGCUGCUCUGUGUGCUAUUGGGCGUCGGGCCGUGGAGGGGCGGGGCUAAAGACGAUAAGAGCAUACAGCUGGAGAAACACGUGAAGACCCUUGAGAGAAGGGUGAGGGAGAUGGAGAGAAUGAUCGAGUGAUGAGUGACGAGAGGCAAGCAGGAGGAGACGGUGGUGGAGUAGGGAGGGCUGGAGGAGACAGUGGUGGAGGAGACGGUGGUGGAGUAGGGAGGGCUGGAGGAGACAGUGGUGGAGGAGACGGUGGUGGAGUAGGGAGGGCUGGAGGAGAGCCUGAUGGGACAUGCGUGACUGUGAUGAAGAAGAGAGAGAAGAAAGCCUUCCAUAUAUUUUAGGAUGAGCAUCCUGACGGUUCAAACUAAAGACAGAACACUUUGUUGUUGUUUUUUACGUUGCAUUUACGUUGCUUUCAGCUUUUCCAAUAAAAACAAGAACUUUGCACCAUU